AUGUCAAAAACCCUAAUUCCCCACGGCAGAUUCCUCCUCCGUCGUCUCAACUUCCGCCGUGCCUAUUCGUCAAAACCGCACCACGCCGAAACCGACCUCGAUUCGCCGUCCUCAUCAGCGACCUCUAAAGCCGAAGCCGAGCGGAAGAGCCUGAACGAGUAUUUUCAGAAGAUCGCCGUUAAGAACUCGACUCCUGAUUGGCUCCCUUUCGCCCCCGGGGGCUCUUUCUGGGUCCCGCCGCCGCAUCAGAAGACGGACGGGAAGGUCGCUUAUAUGAUGAACAUGGUGACGAAUCCGUUGAAGAAGGAGGAAGCUUUCUCUCUGUCGUCUUCUUCUGGCUGGCCUUGUUCCUCUUUCUUCAUUCCUCCAAAUGAUGAGAAGGUAGAAAGUAGAAUGGAGCUGAACAUUCCGGGGGAGCUAGGGCAUUUCCUAAAUCCAGUUUAUUCAUUUGAACAUGUCGACGAUGAAGACUGA